AAAUUCGGGAGGAAAUUACAUAAAUACAAAUGCAUGUACAUACUUCAUUGUAUCCAUGAGUGUGUUGGCAUAUGAUAUAAUAAUCAGUGAAUAAUUUUAAAAGGUCACUGCAGUCAAAAUGAUUUCAUCUGCUAAUCAAGCCGCCGGGUUCAGUGCAUCUGAAGCCUCAGAGCAGGGAAGCGUUGCAGAAUUAGGCCAGCCCUUCAGGGUGAGUGAGAUCAAUGAGCUGUAACCUCCACUCUGUUAUUUAGUAGUAGAGAAAUCAAUACCCGUCCUCCUCUACCCCCCCCCCCCAUCCUUGUUCUCAGUGUGCUUGCAAGUGUCAUUCCUGGUCAAAAAGCAUAUGUGUCUGUUAAUAUUUACACUGCAUUAGAGCCCAGCAGCUACGAUCACAGUGGCAGUUUGCCAGGUCACAUCCGAGCCUGCGCCAUGCAUCCCCUUCUGCCUGAUCUGUGUUUAGACUUCUCUUCCUCAAAGCUAUUUUUGGGAGUUUCCUCCAUUGACUCGUCAUCAUGUCUGCACUCAUGUAAGCCAGAUAGAGGCUGGAAAAAUCGAAAAUGCAAAGAUUUACAUUUAAAAACAGUCCAACUUGAGUAUUUUUUUAACAGAAAAAGGCUGAACGAACUUUGAGAGCAAAUGUUGAGAAACUAUCUCUGACGUCCGAUUUGUGCAAUACUUGUUUUUCCAGAUUACCUCCAGGGAAUUUUAACAUGCUUCAGAUAUAAUAAUUAGCCCUCACAAUGUGUUAAGUUUUGUAAAAUCUACAUAUGUAAGCAAUCUGAUACUUCCAGUAGCUUGAAAAGUUUUGCAGGGGAAAAAAAUGAAUGUAUGAAUACUAAAAAAAAAGAAGGAUAAAAGCCUCCUCAUGUAGUUGUUGACCUAUUGCAUCAUUUCAAGUAUCUCAGCUUUAAUUAAAACUUUAUUUUCAACACUCAAUGUAUUUAUAAAUGAAGUUCGUGGGGGGGAAAAAAAGAAUGAAAAGAGUUUACUGAUGUCUGCCAGGAAGCCUCGAUCCUGUUUUUACAUGCAGAGUCACAUUCCCUGACCUUGUGAGAUGGUGAGAUAGAGGAACAGUGGGCGUCUGUUUCACCCCGAGCAGCCCGGCGAGGAGGAAUGAAGUGUUGUGGCGGCGCAAAAACAAGAACGACACGUCUGCGUUUCAUCUCUCCUCGCUGCCCAUCUGAGCUGCAGGGCCUGCAGAGAGGAGAGGAGAGGAGAGGAGAGGAGAGGAGAGGAGAGGAGAGGAGAAGAGGGGAGAGGUGAGAGGAGAGAGAAGGAAGGGAGGGGAGAAGAGAGGAAAGAGAGGUGAGGAGAGGUGAGGAAGAGGAGAGAUGAGACGAGGAGAGAUGAGACGAGGAGAGGAGAGACGAGGAGAGGAGAGACAAGGAGAGGAGAGGCGAGGAGAGACAAGGCUCACGGCGGAGGUCAUGCGAACUGCAAAGAAACUGUGUUUACGUGUUUUGGUAUUUUGCAGGAUAAACACAAAAGUCUACUUAUUGAUUAAUUGGUGGAUUUUUUGUUUUGUUUAUUUAUUUGCAGUGAAGAGGUUUCGAGAGCCUGUAGGGGUCAGACGACCGUGGAGGAUCUGGUUUUUCGACACGUCCAAACAGGCCAUCGGUGCUCUUUUCAUCCACUUUGCCAAUGUCUUCCUGUCCACUCUCACCGAAGAGGAUCCAUGCUCCCUAUAUCUGAUGAACUUCCUGCUGGACGCCAUGUUGGGGAUGCUGGUCAUCUGGCUUGCUGUCAAGUUGGUGUCCAAGCUGGUGGAGUACAAAGAAUGGACGCUGCUCACAUUUGGAGAAUAUGGUGACCCUCCUCAGGCGGCAGCGUGGCUGGGUCAGUGUGGCAUUUACCUGCUCAUCAUGGUGCUGGAGAAAGGUGUGAUCAGCCUGGUGCUGCUCGUCCCCGGAUGGUCCAAAUUGCAGGAAGUGUUGCUGAGCUACAUCGCUAACCCUCAGCUGGAGCUGGUGAUAGUCAUGCUCAUUGUCCCAUUCAUAGUCAACUCCAUCAUGUUCUGGGUGAUCGACAGCUUGAUGAUGAGGAAGUACAAGACGAUGAAGAGCCUGGAUGAUUCUUGUGACAGCUCUGUGAAGAAGGCCGACUCACCGCCCUGGGCCACCGAUGAAGAGUCACGGGUCUUGCUGACUGUCGAGACGGACACCGAGGAGGCUUCAGAAGGGGAAGAGGAGCCUGGUGAUGCUGGACCAGUCCCUUAUGUGCAGUAUUCAGGGGGACCAGUGAGACCUAGCUGGGUGGUGGUGUAAACCCAGGUGAUGUGACCUCCUACUUGUCCAUCCACUACCAUCACACACACACAUACACAAACACAUACACACUCAAAACACUCUUUAAGAGCCUAAAUACACUAUGAGCAAACACACAACAAACACCUUGCGUCCUUAUCUCCUCAGAUUUAAAGGUCUAAAUAUCAGCUCUCUUGCAAAGUGAAGGUAUAAAUAUACAACCUGUGAAUGUGAACACACUACAACCGCAGCUGCCUUCCUCUGCACUGAAGGUGUGAAUAGUUACAACCUGAGCUUUAAUCUUUUGAUAGGACAACAGCGUAUGCAUGUAAAUCAUAAUCAUCUUCAAGCUCUAUAUCCUCUCACCUUGCUGCCUCUGUUUGCUGCAAGGUAACAUCACGGCAGCCCAGACUGAACAUGUGUGAAAAGAGAUUAUUAGGGAGCGCAGCUUUUGCACUUCAAAGUGUAAAGGUGGUGCUGACAAAAUACUGGAAUAAAUCUGUCUCUCCUUCAUACUAGGGGAUUUUUGGGGAUGAUUUCAUCUAUAAACGGAGUCAUUUAUGGUGUAUCGUAUUCCAAAGAGGAGUAAAAGUAUAUAUAUAAUUGCUCAAAUAUAAUCACUUGAAAUCCACCUUUUUAAUUAAGGUGUAAUUACAGUCAUUCCUGCACGCUCUCCCUCUGGCUGCUUGCUUUUAAGUUUGCAGGAUGGUUAAUGGUCUUAUGAUUUAAAAAAAAAAAAACAUUCACAUGUAUGUUUUUUGUUGUUGUUUUUUUUGGCUGCUGCUGCAUGUUGUAAGGCCAGCAGUCACAAUGGACCAAAAAUGUUGAUAAUGUCAUUGGUUAUAUGGAAAAGUUUCAGGCUGCUUUUAACGAGAUGAUAUGUCUGUUGUUUCAUGGUUCAUGUCAUGGUUGGAAAGGACCAGGUUACACUAUGUUUCUGCAAUGAUUUUGAGUUUUAGUUGUAUAUGAUGGACUAUCAAGUGACACUAAUCGACUGUAUAUAAAGAGGAACGUCAUGACACCACUCCAAAAGUGAAGCCAGAACGUUUCAAUCGCCCCCUGGUGGCUGGCUGCAGUAUAGGUAAUAAGUCUUAUAAUAACAUUUUUCCCAAACAUGGUUUCUGUCGUUUUAGGUUCUUAUCACGUUGAUGUUCGUCCAAGUGUUAAUUUUAUUGGAUAAGUUUGUUUUUAGUUAGUUAUUUAGCAAUAUAAAAGGUGGAUGUGACGUCAUGAUUCAAACCUCUGUGGGCCAUCAUACUGCCGCCUAACGCCUAACAGACUCUGGCUCCAAAUGACGUCACACAAGCAAGAUGGCAGCUCCCGGAAAGGAGAUAUUUUGACUUCACUUUAACAUGAAGUUCAGGAAGUGGAGACGUGUCUUCCAUAUUUAUAUACAGUCAAUGAGUCCACUGUUGGAGAGGAAAAUAAUAUAUUGUUAGAAUAAAAACUAAAAACUCCUAAAUUUGUGAAAAGUUGUAUUACAGGUUAAAAACAAAUUUUAUAGGAAAAAAGCCAUGAAAUCAUGAGAAAAGUCACAAUAUUUCAAGCACAAGAUUUUGAAAAAUAAACUCAUAAUUUUACGACACAAAUUUCAUGAUGUUUUACUCCAAAAUAAGGCAAAAUUUUUCUGAAAUAACACAAUAGUCUAGUGUUGGUGUCCUGUGUUGCUUCAGAAAUAAUUUUGAUGUUUUGAGAAAUACUGAUUUGCAUUGUCGUUAAGAGAAGCUCGAUCCUGCUCUCCUGUGUGAGAAAGGUAUCAAUCUUUCCAUCUAACUAUCAGCGAGAAAGCAAAUAAGCAUAUUUCUCAAAAUAGUAAAUAUAAAUAGUUAAAUCGACUUUUUGGAAUAAGAACUCACAUUUUGCUUACAAUUUUUUUUCUCAAAAUGCUGUUUCGAUUGAACAUUUUUUUAUGUCUUUAAAAAAGUAUUUUAAACUUAAUUACAAUUUUUUCUCUUAAAAUAUUCCAACAUUUUCUCAAAAUAUUCCAACUUUACCCUAAUUUUUUUUCUCUAAGAGUGACCUCAGUUCUCUGUGGUAGUAUUGCUCUCAAUGGGAUGAUAGCUGAGUAUUCAACUUUUUCAAGUUACGGCACAUUUCUUGUAUUUAUUCUGUAAAUAUUUUAUAUGUAUUUUGACUUUAUAUAUUGUGGUCAAAUCUGUGGUAAGAACAUUGGAAUCAGACAAUCGCUGCCAAACUACAGGUGGUAAAUAAGCUUUGAGUUAGUAUGAAGUGAAGUAGGUGAUUUAUGUACGUUUCUUAUUAUCAUUUCUUUUGUAUCUGCAAUUUAUCAUAAAAAGCCACUUCUGUUCACCUGUUUACAUAUGUCAAACAAUACAGGUUGACAUGUCCAUAAUGUUUUAUUUUAUAUUAAAGUGUAUCUUGUGUGUUUUUGUUUUUUUUAUAAACCAAAUUAUGAACAUGUGGAUCAAAAGACACAACGCGAGUGUCAAUAACUGGCUGUAAUUUGCCACGGUGCUUCUUACCGAAUGUAUCUCUUUAAUCUGUACUAUGAAUAAAGAUGAUUGACACAUGAA